CCGCCACCAUCGCCAAUACAUACAUACACAGCAGAUAUGUGUCUAUCUAUAAAGCUUUGGUUAUAACGAAUUCAACCACUUGCAUUAGCCUUUUAUAUUCUCUCUCGCUCUUCCAUCAACAGAAGCUCUCACACACAUUUAUAUUAUAAUAGUACUGGUUUCACAUAAAUAUAUCUCUCUCUAUUACAAAACACAAACACAACAAGAACAGCGUGCGUCCGAGGAUUGUUAAAAUUAGAACAGAACCCUAGCGAGAGAGAUUGGUAAGAAUGGACGGCAAAGCUAAUGGAGCGAAAUUGCGAGGGAAAAUAGCAGGCCCGACGAAUCCGAUGGUGACACCUAUACUUACAGAUCUCUAUCAGUUCACUAUGGCUUAUGCUUAUUGGAAAGCUGGCAAGCACAAUGAACGUGCUGUGUUCGAUUUGUAUUUCCGAAAGAAUCCUUUUGGAGGAGAAUAUACAGUUUUUGCCGGUCUAGAAGAAUGCAUUAGGUUCAUUGCUAAUUUUAAAUUUUCGGAAGAAGAGAUUUCGUUUAUCCAGGAAUCUUUACCUCCCACGUGUGAGGAUGGAUUUUAUGAUUAUCUUAGAGGUAUUGAUUGUUCUGAUGUUGAAGUCUAUGCCAUUCCUGAGGGUUCUGUUGUAUUCCCAAAGGUUCCGUUAAUGAGGGUUGAAGGGCCAGUUGCCGUGGUUCAACUGCUAGAGACUCCAUAUGUAAAUCUUAUUAACUAUGCAUCACUUGUUGCCACAAAUGCUGCGAGACACCGUUUUGUGGCUGGAAAGUCCAAACUUCUCCUUGAGUUUGGGCUUCGACGGGCACAGGGUCCUGAUGGUGGAAUAAGUGCAUCAAAAUAUUGCUAUCUCGGAGGAUUUGAUGCUACAAGCAAUGUUGCAGCUGGGAGAUUAUUUGGAAUACCUCUCCGUGGAACACAUUCCCAUGCGUUUGUUAGCUCAUUCAUGAGUCCUGACGAGAUUGUUGAAAAAUCACUUCGGAGAUAUGAUGGCUCAAGUGUCUGCGAGGAUUUUGUUAGUCUAGUUCAGAUGUGGUUAAAUAAAAUUAAGUGGUCAAACUUGUUACGUGGCAUUUUUGGUGAGACCAAUCAGAGUGAGCUGGCAGCUUUCACCUCUUAUGCAUUGGCGUUCCCUGGAAACUUCUUAGCCCUUGUAGAUACAUAUGAUGUUAUGAGAAGUGGCGUUCCGAAUUUUUGUGCGGUUGCUCUAGCACUUAAUGAAAUGGGGUACAAAGCAGUAGGCAUUAGACUAGACUCAGGCGACCUUGCAUAUCUGUCUUGCGAAGCCAGGAAGUUUUUCAUUUCAGUUGAAAAGGAAUUUGGAGUUUCUGGUUUUGGGAAGACAAAUAUUACAGCUAGUAACGACCUCAAUGAGGAAACGCUAGAUGCCUUGAACAAACAGGGCCACGAGGUUGAUGCAUAUGGAAUCGGGACAUAUUUGGUUACAUGCUAUGCUCAAGCUGCUCUAGGUUGUGUUUUCAAGCUCGUUGAAAUUAAUAAUCAGCCUCGUAUUAAACUUUCAGAAGACGUCACAAAGGUCUCUAUUCCAUGCAAGAAGCGUUCUUUCCGAUUAUAUGGGAAGGAAGGUUAUCCCCUUGUGGACAUAAUGACGGGUGAAAAUGAACCACCUCCCAAGACAGGAGAGCGGAUUCUGUGCCGUCACCCAUUUAAUGAAUCAAAAAGGGCUUAUGUGGUGCCACAACGUGUUGAAGAGCUUCUGAAGUGCUUUUGGCCUGGGAGUCCUGAUAAAGAAAGAGAAGAAUUACUUCCUCUUAAGGAUAUCAGAGACCGCUGCAUCCACCAACUGGAACAAAUGCGGCCUGACCACAUGAGGAGGUUAAACCCCACACCUUAUAAGGUUAGCGUAAGUGCAAAGCUGUAUGACUUUAUUCAUUUUCUAUGGCUCAAUGAAGCACCUGUCGGGGAGCUGCAGUGAGGUAUUGUUACGGAGGUACUUUAUACCUAAUGAAGAUUCCAUCAGAGAUUAAGUUCUGAGAGGUUUUUUCAUUAUAGGUUUGUAUUAAUUGAAUUUGUGGGUAAAAUUUCCAUUUUUUUUUAAUAGUGAUUACAGUCGUUUAUUUUGCUUUACUUAUACUCCAGCCAGUUUUAAAAUCUACCAUUUUUUAUGGAUCCUC